AGCAAUGUGGGUGAGAACUUAAACACAGGGCACAUCUUGACAUGAGUGAGCUGGCCUGUGACAAGAUUAUUAGAAUCGUCCUGCCCCUGGUGAACGAGACGGGACCUACCCGACAUUUACUCCGCGACAAGCCGCCCCUUUCUAAGGCAACAGAACCAAUGGAAGCAGAGACUCGACUGACGGUCAUGUCCCGCCUCUAACCUGAGGCUCAAACAGUAAUAAGGGCAGAUCCAUUUUUUUAAGAUACAAUAGGACAAAGACGGACUGAUUAGUUUAGUAGCUUCUUUUCAAUAGUAUUAACCUGAAAGUUUUCCCCAGAAUUGACCUGGAGGAAUUUUCUUAAAUCGGAGAAAGCAGAUUACGAGGCUGUGUAGAUACUUUUCUGCACUGCAAUAUUUCUGGAGUCUGGGUGUGUUCUCUCGCUAUCAAACAAAGGGUCUCGGUGCCUGGGAUUUCCAGAGGGGCUUGUGUCCUUGUUAUUGUCGCAUGCGGAAUGGCGAGUGCAGCUUUCGAUCGUUUCGCUGCCGAGUGCUUGGUGUCCAUGUCCCGGACAGCAGUGGUCCAUAGUCCCGGUCCAGCAGCCACUCCCCCCGGGGACUGUCAGGACAAAGGCACCGGUCUGCUGCUGGUUCUGGCUGGGAUCCCGGCUCAGGGCGGCCACUCAGCUGAUGGCAGCCCGCAGGAUGGGGCAGAGAGCCCGGGUACUGGGCACUGUGUCCCCCCGAGACCCAGAGGCCGGAGAGGCAAAGGCAGGAGCGGCCAAGAGCGUCGGCCCAAGAAACACCAGUGCCAGUACCCGGGCUGCGGCAAGGUCUACGGCAAAUCGUCGCACCUGAAGGCUCACCUCCGGACACACACAGGUCAGUGCG